AUGAAUGAUUCAGCUCAAAAUGAAGUCGUUCUUCAGAAACCUGAAGUUAAGGAUAAAUCGGAUUCUAAGAAGAAAAAAAAAUCAAAAAAGAUUACUGACGAAUUUGACGAUGCCCUAUUAGAACUUGAAUCCUUAAAUGUAACGCCUCGAAAUCCCUUAUUGUUUGAUUCUGAAAAGGGAGAACCCAUCAGGAAAAUAGGAGAAUGGACUUCUCCCUUUGUUACUGAUAAAACAGUGGUUGAACAAUUCAAAAAUUCAAUUUAUCCUGAAGGAGAGGUCAGUGAGUAUUCUGGUGGGAACAAAAAGAGAAUUACUGAUGAGGAAAAACGCCAUCUUGAAAAGAUUUCCUUUGAAAAGUACAAUGACAUGAGAAGAGCAGCUGAGGUCCACAGACAAGUUCGAAGGUAUAUUCAGUCUGUAAUAAGGCCAGGAGUCUCUUGCUUGGAUAUUGUACAAGCUGUUGAAUCAAAGACCAAAUAUCUCAUUGAAGCUGAGGGACUUAAAUCAGGUUGGGGGUUUCCUACAGGUUGUUCACUAAAUUCCUGUGCAGCUCAUUACACGCCAAACUACGGUGAUAAAACGGUUUUUGAGAAAGACGAUAUUAUGAAGCUGGAUUUUGGGACCCAUGUUAACGGUUACAUAAUCGACAGUGCUUUUACCAUAGCCUUUGAUGAGAAAUAUGACCCACUCAUUGAAUCCACAAAGGAGGCAACAAACACAGGCUUAAAACUCGCUGGAAUCGAUGCCAGAACUUCAGAACUGGGAGAGGCAAUUGAAGAAGUUAUUGAAUCGUUUGAAAUAACCCUAAAGAAUAGAACUCAUAAAAUCAAGCCGAUAAGAAACCUUACCGGACAUAACAUAGGACAAUAUAUUAUUCACGCUGGAAAGGCAGUACCAAUCGUUGGAAAAAGCGGUAACAGAGAUAUAAUGGAGGAGGGCGAUGUGUUUGCAAUUGAGACAUUUGCAACAACAGGAAGUGGAACGGUAGUUGAAAAAAUGGACUGCUCACACUACAUGAAAAAUCCUAAUUCCAUUUACGCCCCUAUCAGACUCAAAUCAGCCCGAGAAAGCCUAAAUGUAAUUAAUAGGGAGUUUUCUACUCUACCAUUCUGUAAAAGGUGGCUCGAUGAUUUAACAAAUAAAAGGGGAUCAUUGGUUCUUAGGAAUCUUGUUGAUGCUGGAAUUAUUGUACCAUACCCUCCGCUAUGCGAUAACAACAAUAGUUUUACUUCUCAAAUGGAACAUACCAUACUACUUAGGCCUACAUGUAAGGAAGUCCUAUCCAGAGGUGAUGACUAUUAA